GAUUUUUGGCCGGUAAUUUUUUUCUAUUAAAUUUGCCCUAAAUCUUUUCCUCGGAACUUUGCUUUUCUCUUCUUCUCCUUCUGCUUGUCCACCAUCUUCCUCCGAAAACUGCCUGCGCCGCCCUAUUUCCUUUCUUCGAACCCGCGUCGCUCUGUUCCUCUUCUGAGAACCGGUGACUCUCCUUCCUUCUCCGCAAGAUCCAAGGAUCCGGUGGCUUUGUAGAUUCGAGCAGGUGAGCGAGGUUCGCGUGGCUUUGUAGAUUCGAGCAGCCUCGCGAGCGGCCGCUCGCGAAGUGGUCGUUGCUCCGCAAGGCAGCUACGCGGCCGCCUCCCAAGGCUGCCAUUUGAGGCAUUGCCGACGUUCAUUAUUUUCAGAGAUGGGAAGCCAUUUGACCGCUAUCUCUAUUUAGGUCUUCUUGGUAAGUUAUCGGAUCCAGGAGGUUGAUAGAGUGAGUUGCUGCAUCAGACAGCAGUAAAGUCUAUAUGUAACAAAGGUAAAAUGUGGUUGGCUGGUACAUUGCAAAUAACCUGCCUCAGAUAUCCACAGUUUCUUAUGAUUGAGAUGUGAUGUCUGAAGCUCCAAUUUUUCAUAGCAAAUACAGCUAUCAUCAUGAUGGCAAAGCGCAACAGCUUGACAUUCAUGAAAUUUUAGUGAAGAGGAGCAGGCUUGGGAUUUUCUUGUCUUAUUUCAUGGUUGUAGUGUUUCUGGGAACUAAUGUAUAUUUUGUUACAACGAAGGAAGUUAAUAUCAGGAGCAUUUGGAGCAUUCUUGUGUGCUUUCUCUUGGCCAAGUUUUUGCACUACAACCCUGUUAAGAAAGAAAGGGUGGUGAUUAUGCCAGCAUUUGGUGUGCAACUUGAAACUCAUUACUGGAGUGGAAGGAUUGUUCGCCUUUUUGUCCCCAUAAGCAAAAUACUAAGCUCCAUGCUGAAUGAAUGUGUGACCCCUGUAACUUGCUACUGGAGUUUGGCUCUGCUUCUUCGUGAUGAGGGUGAGCUUAUGCUAGUGUUCCAGUUGAUUAGAUUCGUACAGAAAUUACAACCACCAUUGAAAAUGUUGGUUCCCGUGUGGAAGGCCUUGCGCGCCGCCAUUAACUGUGAAGAAACCAGCAUUACCUGACCAGUUCUGUGCAAUAACUCAUCAAUGAAUGUACUGAAGUGGCCAUGUGUAGAAUAGCUUGCUGCAGCGUGCCACCUCUUGAUGCCAAGUCGGAAUCAUUUUUCAUGAACCUGAUGUUGAGAGUGAUAUUUCACCUGAUGGAUCGUUGAUGGAAUUUCAAAUGUUUAUACUGGAAUACCUGCUCGCCGGUUAUAAUUUUUGAACGGUUUCAGCAAUUAAAUUGACAGACCAGUGCUUGAA